GUCGGCCGGCCGGCCGGCCAGCCUGCUUCGAUGGAUAGUUUGCCACUCUGCCUCUGCCCGUCCCUUUCUGAGUUUCUGCCUUCACCCAUUCAUCUUCCUCGGUAUUCACCGCCUGCGUUUGCGCAGCAGCCAAAUCCAAGGAGCAGGCGGCCAUGGCGGCGGCGAAGCCCAUCCUGUACAGCGCGUGGAUCAGCUCCUGCUCCUUCCGAGUCCGGAUCGCCCUCAAUCUCAAAGGUGUGGAUUAUGAGUACAGGGCUGUGAUACGGACUGAUCCAGAUUAUGAAAAGAUCAACCCAAUCAAGUAUGUCCCAGCAUUUGUAGAUGGGGAUUUUGUUGUUUCUGACUCUCUUGCAAUCAUAUUGUAUCUCGAAGACAAAUAUCCCCAGCACCCUCUUUUGCCUCAAGAUCUCAAACGAAAAGCUCUUAAUCUUCAGAUUGCAAAUAUAGUGUGCUCGAGUAUUCAACCUCUUCAAUGUUACGCCGUAAUUGGUCUGGCUGACGGCAAGUUAGGCUCCAAUGAGAGCCUUCAGAUUGUUCAGCAUUACAUCGACAAGGGAUUUAGAGCAAUUGGAAAACUUCUGGAAGGGUGUGACAGUAAAUAUGCUACUGGAGACGAAGUCCAAUUGGCGGAUGUGUUUCUUGCACCCCAGAUCCAUGCAGGCGUGACGCGCUUUCAAAUUGAUAUGUCAAAAUAUCCUCUUUUGGAGAGAUUCUACAAAGCCUACAUGGAAAUUCCGGCGUUUCAAGCUGCUGUUCCUGAAAAGCAGCCAGACGCUCCAUCGUCCUGAUACAGAAAUUCGAAGCAAUGCCGAGAUGCAUGCAGCAGUUUGAGUGUAGGAUGUCUGAAGUAAUGUGGAAAUUGCAAUUUCUGUGCCGAGAUGCAUGCAGCAAUUUCAGUGUAGUAAUAAAGUUGCUGGUUCUUCCAGUAUCCAUGGAUGACAAGAGCAGCUUGCUCUUGUACAAGAGAAUAAUUGCACUAAACCUCUCAGUGAGAAAAGGUCAUGGCGCAGUCAAUAACUUACAUGUAGACUUGAGGGGUGUUUGUUCUUGAGGGUACCAGCGGAAAUAAACAGUCUGAUUGGUGGGUCCAGAGCGUCAGAAUGUGUCUGUCUAUGUAAGCACCAACCCCACCUGUAAUAAUGGACUAUCGAGAUUGUGAUGAA